CCGCCUGACACUUCACCAGCUGCACCUGGCGCCUCAUCUUUUCCGUGUGAGCGUACACCGUCUCCAAAAGGACGCGACCUCUGCGGCCCCUUUAGCCUUUCAUUUCGAGUGUACACAGCUUUUCGAUUUUCAGGUGGCCUCCUCUCCGUAAAGCAACACGGGGAGGACAGCAGCUCAGCUGGCAGCGGGGGCUUGUUAUGUUUUCAGAACAAGAUUUUUUAUUCACACCCUGAACGCUCCCCCGAGGAGGAGGAUGGAUGUGAGGGUGAAGAGGGUUAAAAGGAUUUUGGACAGGCCUCGCAGAUCUCUUGUUGUUCAGUUAUGAAGGAAGCGAUGUUACUUCUCUCCCCUGAAUGAAUAAGUGUGGGCUUUAAAAGUCCUGGAGUUUGUGCUCAUAAGCCAAGGAGAUGUUUUCAUGUUUGACACCAAACUCUGGGCUGAUGUGUCGCCUGAGCAGCUGCAACAUUUUGCCAUCCAUGUUUUCUCUGAGGUAAAGCAGUCUUGUGAUUUUCUUUUCUUUUUUUCCUCCAGCUUGCUGUGGCCUUUACCUGUAGAAUGUCUCCUGCUGUGGCUUUGUGGGAUAAAAUUCUGAUGGAUUCCCCGCUGAUCUUUCUGGGCGCCGUGGCAGAAAAAACCAACAUGAGCUUUUAAACGGCUUCUCUUUUAAGAGAUCCUAUAAUCACACAUUUUAUUUGCUGUUCUGUUUGAAUGCAGAUAGGACAGAUGGAGGUCCUGCAGGAAGAAGAUUGGUCACGGAUGGUAGGGUGACCUCCUCUGCACACAUUCUCCUGCAGCCCCCCCCCUCUGAUUCAGCUGGUUUUGUGAACUGGCUUUUGACAACAACACCAGCCGAAGCCCCCCCCCUCCGCGCUUCUGGACUGGAGAUCUGGAGAUGAAGGCGGAUUUUACGCUUUUCUGCCGGACUUGGAUUGGAAUACUUUACGCCUCAGGGCUGGUGGUGGGAUUGUCUAUGACUCCACCCAUCCUCGACGGCCCUGGAGACGAUCGCGUGGUUCAAGUCAGUGACACGCUCUCCAUUACAUGCAGGGGACAGCACACGCUAGCUUGGGCCUGGCCUGACAAAGCUCUGGUUGGACAGGCGAUCCGUGACCGCCAGCACCAACUGAUGACCACCAGUGCGCCCCAGAAGAGGGUGGCUUUGAUCAGCGAGUGUCCCGGCCAGCCGGGGAGGCCGUACUGCAAGAGACUGGUGCUACAUGCUGCCCAAGGCAAAGAUACGGGCUACUACCAGUGCUAUUAUAAAGAUGUUAAGGCCAUCAUUGAUGGGAUCACUGCCAUCAGCAUUUAUGUCUUUGUCAGAGACCCCGCGCAGCCUUUCCUCAUCAGAGACAGCUCUGCCAGCAGCAGCGUAAACAACAUGGAGACUAUUUUCAUCAAACGCCACUCCAGUCACGUCGUGGUGCCAUGUCUGGUCACGGUGCCGGAUCUGAACGUCACUCUCUCCUCGUUUACGGCAAGUCUGGACAUGGAUGGGGUGAUGUGGGACAACAAGAAAGGCUGGUCUAUUCCCAGACACGCUAUUGACGACGUACCCAUGACCAUCCUUUCCUGUGCCGCAAUGCUGGAGGGAAAACAGCACUACUCCACCACCUACCUGAUCCACCCUAUAGGAAGUCAGGUUUACGAUGUUAAGCUGUUUCCUGAGGACCCAGUGGAGCUGUUGGUGGGAGAAGCCCUCACCCUCAAUUGCACUGCAAUGGUGGAGUUCAAUACGGGGGUGGACAUCCAGUGGUCCUAUCCUGGUCAAGAGCAGAAGAACAGCGGGGUGGAGACCAAGCAGAACCGAGAACCUUUGUCUCACGCCACAGCCGCCGUCCAUGUCCUGACCAUCUACAGCGUCAACGUCACGGAUACCGGGCCCUACGUCUGCAACGUCACCAGCAUGGAGAGCUCACAAACUGUACAGACCCAGGUCAUAGUUCAUGAAAGACCAUUCAUCAGUCUUGACUACAGAAAUUCACCGCUUAUGGAGGCAACUGCUGGGCAAAAAUCUUUCAAAUUACAAGUGAACGUGUCUGCUUUCCCCACACCUGAAACAAAAUGGUAUAAAAAUGGUGAGCUGAUAAACCAACGGCCGGAGUUCAAGAUGAAAAGGCUGAGGAUGCACUCUAACCAUGCUUUGGAGAUUAAGGAGGUUUGUCAGGAGGAUUCUGGGUUUUAUACAGUGGUGCUGAAAAACAGUGCAGCUAUGCUGGAGAGGAGGCUCAACAUCACGCUGCUGGUCAACGUUCCCCCACAGAUCCACGAGAAGGAAGCAGCAGAUCCGUCCAGUCCGUACCCCAGUGGCAGCAGCCAGACGCUCACAUGCACCUCUUACGGUGUUCCCACUCCAGACAUAAGCUGGUAUUGGAGAACCUGGGGCCCCUGUGUUCUGAACAACACCCAGACCCAACUGAAAGGCCGGAGUGAUGGGAUUGCAAACUGUCAGAACUGGCAGCGCAUCGAUACAGGAAACAACAUAAAUGAAAUUGAAUCUGUUGAGACGUCGGUGGAAGUGGUGGAUAAACGGCAAAAGAUAGUGAGCAGGCUUCACAUUCGCAACGCCAGCGUUUCUGUCAUGUACAAGUGUUCGGCUGAAAACAAAGUUGGCAAAGACGAGCGUCUUAUCUACUUUUAUGUGACGACCAUACCUGAGGGCUUCAGUCUGACUGUUCAUCCCUCUGAAGAUCCCCUGGAGCAGGAGAGUGUGUCUUUGCGCUGCACAGCUGACAACUACACCCACGAUCAGCUGCAGUGGUACCUCCUGAACCUACAGGCUCUGCAGGACCAGCAGGACAAGCCCCAGGAGCUGGACUGCAGGAGCGUGCACCUUUACGCCAAACUGCUCCAGGGCCAGCCCUCCUUUCAGGAGCAAACCAACAGCUGGGCGUUGAAUUUUUCCAUCGAAUCCGCACAGCUGCAAGAUAAGGGGCAUUACGUCUGCAGGGCUCGGAGCAGACGCAGCGGGGAGAAACAUUGUCUGUUCAGAUACAUCUUUGUCAGAGCCCUGGAGGCGCCGCGCUACAAACGCAGCCUCACCAACCAGACGGUGAACGUGACCGAGUCCCUGAGAAUGGAGUGCGACGUGGAGGGCAGACCUCUGCCAUGGCUGUCCUGGUUCAAAGAUAAUCAGCCUCUCCACCAAAUGUCAGGGAUCCAGCUGCAGAAUUCCAACCGCACGCUGAGCAUCCAGCGAGUGAGGGAGGAGGACGCCGGUCUCUACACCUGCACCGCCUGCAACCAGCGAGGCUGUGUCCACUCCUCAGCCGCCGUCAGGGUCAUCGGAUCAAACGACAGGGCCAACGUGGAGAUCGUGAUUCUCAUCGGGACCGGAGUCAUCGCUGUAUUCUUCUGGCUUCUGCUCAUCCUCAUCUUCUGCAAUGUCAAACGGGUUAACCCAGCGGACAUAAAGACAGGCUAUCUGUCUAUUAUAAUGGACCCAGGGGAGGUGCCGCUGGACGAACAGUGUGAAUACCUGCCCUAUGACUCGUCACAGUGGGAGAUCUCCAGAGACAGACUCCGGCUGGGAAAGGUUUUAGGUCACGGCGCCUUCGGAAAGGUCAUUGAAGCCUCGUUCUGUGGUAUCAGCAAGAGCAGCAGUCUGGAUACAGUCGCAGUGAAGAUGCUCAAAGAUGGAGCCACAGCCAGUGAACACAAAGCCUUAAUGUCAGAGCUAAAGAUUCUGAUUCACAUUGGGAACCAUCUUAAUGUGGUUAACCUGUUAGGAGCCUGCACCAAACCAAACGGUCCGCUCAUGGUGAUAGUGGAAUACUGCAAGUACGGGAAUCUGUCCAACUUCCUGCGAGCAAAGCGAGAGUUCUUCCUUCCUUACAGGGACCGGUCUCCCAAAACCCAGAGCCAGGUGAGGCGGCUGAUCGAAGCGGGGCAAACGGACCAAAGAGCUCGUCAGCCGCUUCCUGUGCCCUCCUCCCCACCCGGCAGUCCUCAGAGCGCAUCAUCUAAGGCUCCUGAUCAGAACUGUGCGGUUGAGAAAAUGGAGGACUUGUGGAAAACCCCGCUGACAAUAGAAGAUUUAAUUUGCUACAGCUUUCAGGUGGCACGUGGGAUGGAGUUCCUGGCUUCCAGAAAGUGUAUCCACAGAGACCUGGCCGCCAGGAAUAUUCUCCUGUCAGAGAACAACAUCGUGAAGAUCUGCGACUUUGGCUUGGCCAGAGACAUUUACAAAGACCCCGAUUACGUCAGGAAAGGCAAUGCUCGCCUGCCUUUAAAGUGGAUGGCUCCUGAAAGCAUCUUUGACAAAGUCUACACCAGUCAGAGUGAUGUGUGGUCUUUUGGGGUCCUGCUUUGGGAAAUCUUUUCACUUGGUGCAUCUCCUUACCCGGGUGUGCAGAUCGAUGAAGACUUUUGCAAACGCUUAAAAGACGGCGUCAGAAUGAGAGCACCCGAGACUGCCUCCCCGGAAAUAUAUGGAAUCAUGCUGGGCUGUUGGCAGGGCGAGCCCAAAGAGAGGCCGCCGUUUCCUGCCCUGGUUCAGAUUCUGGGGGACUUACUGCAGGACAACAGCCUACCUGAUGGGAAGGAGUACAACCCUCUGAAUCAAUCCCAGAGUUCGGAAGAUGAUGGUUUCUCACAGGCCUCCUCGCGCCCCGCAUCUGAGGAAGAACUGAGACUGGCUUGCAAUACGCUGCCUACCAGGUAUUACAACUGUGUACCAUUUGCUGGCUGCGUCUUCCUGGAGCCCGCUAAAGCGUGCCAGCCCAGAGUGAAGACAUUUGAGGAGUUCCCUUUGGAGAUGCAUUCCCACAAAGCUCCUCAAGAAAACCAGACUGACAGCGGCAUGGUUCUGGCCUCGGAAGAAUUUGAAAGACUUGAGCACAGCCACAGGGGGGCCAUCCUGAAAAGUCGGAUGAGCAGCACCAGCAGCACCGAGCCUCUGACCUCCUCCCACUGUUCUCUGGGUCAGAACACCAGCAGCUCCCGGCUGCGGCCCAGCUUCUUCAACCAGCUGUCAGGACAGACCUUCUACAACAACGAGUACGGACACCUGUCCGAGGAGGGCUUCCUUGACUUCUACUCUUCACCAAACGCCCCCUGCCUGGCCUCCUCUAACGUCUGAUCCCACCCCCAAAAAUAUAAAGACGGGGAGAAAAAAAAAGGGGGGUUAAAGGUUUGAGCAUUCUGCUUCAAGGUCGGGUUAUAACCAGAGCUGGCAUCUCCUUCCCUCCUGUAGAGCCUCAACAGAUGAACUGAACGUGCUCUAACCAGCCACUGGGUGGCAGCACUGCAAUUCCAAAAUAUUGUCAAGUCAUUCAUUAUUUUAUGUCUUUUAUAUACAGAGUAUUCUUCCUCUAUUUUUGCAAGUUAUACUUUAUACAAGAACAAAUAAAGACUUUUAUCCUCCA